AUGGUCGGUUCUAGAAAAGCGUCGCAAUUGCAGUACCCUUACCCGCACUCCCAGCGGUACUCUGUUCCAUUGGCAUUUAGAAAACCACAACAAAGUACAGGAGAGGAAGCUAGCUCUUCUUCACUACCAGGUAUACACUGUUGUCUUUAUUGCUUUGAUAUAAUAUUUACUUAUGCCAUUAUAGGAAAAAAAUCGUCCGCUUGUUGCUCAUAUGCCAGGCCCCAGCUAGACAAAGAGCCCGAUAGCGUGGAGAUGGUAUCCCUUGAGAUAGGAGAUGAGCAGAAGGUCAAGGCCUACUAUGAAUCCGCCCUUGCAGCCUUCCAGCACAACAACUGUCUCCACAUAGCAAAGUCAUACGCCAAACUGAUGGACCCGCGCAAUGAAAUCAAUCACUCACACGACGAAGACGAGAAGGGGCCUCCAACGGAGGCCACUCCCGGCUGGUGGCCAGAAAACCUCAUCUGCCGUGAACUCAAUUACCAGAUGGAGUCGGAAUGUAUACGCCUCCUUAUCCACAUCUUCCGCGACCUUGGAGAUACACACGGUAUCACUACAGAUAAGCUAGAAGAAGCGGGCCGUGGUGUACGCAGACACAUAAAGCCUCGUAAAAGACUUGUUAUUUUGGAUGAGAUUUACAAGGUCCGGAGGGCAGAGGAGUGCUACAAGAAGGGUGAAAUAGUAACUUAUUAUACACACCUUUUUAAUUUAUCAAGUGAAGCAACCAUUAUACCGAAGAUUGUGAACAGACAUAAUGCUGGUGGCAUGAUUAUUGUUGUGGAAGUUGUUGUUGACCAGUUCAAGCUUGAGAAAUGCGAGGGAGGGAUGAACCGGAGAAUUCUAGCUUCUCAGCGCAUCUCACACCUACGGUACGAUGAUCCGGCCAUUACAUCUAUACCCUAUUAUCAUCACUCGAAUCAUGAUAUUUCCUUCUCACUACUUUGGACGGCAAAAAAAAUAUGUACAUCACACCAGCUUAUGCACUCUUUCUUACAAUAUGUUGACGCCCGAUCAUCUCGUUCACCCCUACAUAAAACACGGUUCAAGUUGAUUUUCAGCUUCUUCAACUAA